GGCACGCCUGCGCAGAAGCCGCCGCCGGAGCUCGCCGGAUCCAUGAGCACCAGCGGGGCGGGCGGUAGCAGCGGCGGCUGCGGCGGCGGGGGAGCCGGCCUGGGAGGGGGGGUCGCGGAGCCCGACCCCGGCCCCGCGGCCCUCCCGCCGCCGCCCCUCCUUGCCCCCUCCGCCGGGGAGGCGGGCGCCAAGGGCAGCCCGGGGGGGGCGGGGGGGGCGGCCGGGGGAGCGGCCGGUCUCGCCGCCGCCGCCUCCCUGGCGCAGCCCGUCGAGGGGCCGCCGCCGCCGCUGCCCAACGGGGUCUUCGCGCCGCCCGCGGGCGCCGCCAACGGGGACGCCAAGCCCGCCGCCGCCCCUCCACCCGGCUCGGCUUCGUCCGGCGCGCCGCUGGUGGACUUCCUGCUGCAGCUGGAGGACUACACGCCCACGAUCCCGGACGCCGUGACCGGCUACUACCUGAACCGCGCCGGCUUCGAGGCGUCGGACCCGCGCAUCAUCCGUCUGGUCUCGCUGGCGGCCCAGAAGUUCAUCUCGGACGUGGCCAACGACGCCCUGCAGCACUGCAAGAUGAAAGGCACGGCGUCCUGCAGCUCCCGCAACAAGAGCAAGGACAAAAAGCACACGCUGACCAUGGAGGACCUGGCCCCAGCGCUGGCGGAGUAUGGCAUCAACGUCAAGAAGCCCCAUUACUUCACCUGAAGGCCCCUCCCCCAUUCCUCAUUAAAGUCUCUCUCUUGCCCCCCUU